CGGCGCGAGAAGCAACAUUCGCUGUUUUUACUUAAUCUCUGUGUAAACGGGACCGUGUUGUGUAUCAUAAUAUCGGCCAGGCGGACUUGUUUUCGGAAGAUUGAUUGGAAUGAAAACACGAAGUGUUGAAAUAACAGCGGCGAUGUUUUCGUUUUAGGAAGAGCGCGGCACCGCGGUGCGUACACCGUGUUGUUUGUUGUUCGGCGAGUGUAUUCUGCAGGUCUACCAUGCACACCAUUUUCACGGAGCACCAUCAUCAGUCCGCGUACAACCGCUACGGGGGUGGAUACCACCCCGGCGCAGUCUCGGCCGCCGCCAGUCCGUACUACGACCAGUACUCUAGGUACGGUUACGCGACAUGGCCUCAACAGCAUCCAUUGAGCACCGCCAAGGAUAUGGUGAAACCGCCAUACUCCUACAUCGCUCUUAUCGCCAUGGCCAUCCAAAACGCGCAGGAUAAAAAGAUUACGCUCAACGGCAUCUACCAGUUCAUCAUGGAGAGGUUUCCUUACUAUCGGGAAAACAAGCAGGGCUGGCAAAAUUCGAUAAGGCACAACUUGAGCCUCAACGAGUGCUUUGUUAAGGUGCCGCGAGACGACAAGAAGCCCGGCAAAGGAAGUUACUGGACGCUAGAUCCUGACUCUUACAACAUGUUCGACAACGGUUCCUACUUGAGGCGUAGGAGGAGAUUCAAGAAAAAAGACGCGUUACGGGAAAAAGAGGAGGCUUUGAAACGGCAACAGUUGCAGUCCGGCGACUCCCCGAAGCGAGAUGUCCUCGACAAACAACCCCAACAACAGCCGCCCCAACAGACACAUGUGCAACACCUGGACGAUUCUACGAAACCGCCGCCGGCGAAACAACCGAAACGAGAACCACUGUCCACGUCAGAACUGUCGCAUUGCAUGAAGUACUCCGGAGGAACCGACCUGAAGUACUCCGGAAGCACCGACCUAAAGUACUCCGCGAGUGCUCCCGACCUGAAGUAUUCUGGCAGCGGCACCGGCUCAGAGACGAAAUCGGUGAUUGUGCAUCAACACCAAGAUCACCACCUGAUGAACGACGUAGCAGCUCAGCUUCAAGCGGUUGAUUCUGUGGCAGCUGCAGCUGCUUUUUCGGUGGAUAACCUGAUGACUGCAGCCGCCGCCGCGGCUAGCAGGGAACAGCAGAUUGGAUAUGGUGGUACGACUAGGUUGCAUUCGUCAGGAGGAAUGUACUCGUACUGCCCGUCCACAGUCAGCGCCGCCCCCCAGCACCAUCAUCACCACCCCUCUCCGACGGCCGCGACCGCCUCGACGCACCCCCACCACCCGCAAUACCACCAUCCCGCUUCGCCGGCCACGCCCACCGCCCCUCUCCCCGAAGACUCCGCCCCUCCGCGAUACGCGGCGGCCGCCUGGUACGGCGCGGACACGCCCUCGCCCGACGGAAGUUCCGCCUAUCGCGAUCUGCUGUUCGACGGCACGGCUCCGCCUUCCUGCCAAUUGGCGACGCCCUUUCGCCACGCCUACUAUCAUCACCAAGCUGCCGCUGCGGCAGCCGCUGUCGACUGUCAGAAGUACUGAUACGGGGCCGCCUACUGCGACGGGGUGAACGUCAAGACUGAGUGGUGAGAGGGAAUGAUGUCGGCGCGAGGACUGAGUGCGUGGAAGGGUUACGUCAUCGAAGGUUGGCAAAGAAGAGGUUAAAGGAGUGUCUUUGAGCGAAAUCGUUUACGAGUACCAGGAUUGCGAUAAAGUUAGUGCAAAGAGUGUGUGUACAGUGUCAGUGUAUGGAGAACAAGCCAUUGUAAGUACUAGGUUAAGGAUAGGAUGUACUUGAUAGUGAAUAUGUCGUUCGAAAUCUUUGCAGCAAGCUUUGGACUAUCAAGACUAUUUUGUGCUGUGACAAAGGUAUAUUUCAGAAAUAUAGGCCACUGAAUAACACCACUGGACGACGGUUUUUUAAUAGAUUCUGAACAAGACCGUUUAAACCAACGUUUAUCGAUUGUUAUACCGAUUCCGGUAUACUGAUUUCGCUGUUUUGAGAAUACGUUACUUUCGAUAAUAUAUUCUGAUCAGUCGCACUCCUGCCCAUGGGCGGACUUAGAGGGGCGGGGCGAUUUCCCAGUGGUACUUGACUCAUAUUUAAUUUCUAGGAUAACUGAAUAUUUCUUACAGUAUUUGCAUUAGAAAAAAACGGUGAAAGCACUAUCGGCCAUGACGUGACAACAUACAAAUUGUAAACAAAGAAACGUCAUCCGUAUGUCACUCGUGGAUCAACAUUGUCUUAUACUUCUAUAUUUGAAAGUCUUAAAUAAUUUUGGUAUCUUUGAACGAGUGUGUUUUUGAGAGAAAUCCUAGUAGUAUAUUCCGAAUAAACUCUUUUAAAAGCAAAACAUUCUUGAAAUAAUAGUCCAGGGGAAAGUCCCUCGAUUUUUUAGAACCAAAUUAAUUUUUUCGAAAUACUCUACUCCAACACUCAAACUCUUCAUAAAAUUCUCAUGUUUAACAGGAAUAAUAGAGAAUUCAUACCUUUGGUACAUACGUAUACAUUGUCUAUAUGUAUUAUAGAUGAUAUAAUACGUAAUAGAGCAAUAGUUGUGAAAAAUAGUAUCUAUUUUGAAGACAAAAAAUGACUUUCUUUUUAGGCAAUGGUAGAAAUGUUUGUCAAUACUCGGAUUGUAGAUGAUAAGGUUAAUUUCUCUUGUGAUAAUAAUUAUAUAGUUCGAUGUAUAAAUAGGCAGAAUAUGCUCCUAGCUGCUCCGUAUGUCCAGCUUUACAUUAUACAGGGUGUCUCAAAUGAGAAUCUGAUUUUGCAUAAAAUUUUAAAAGUGUUAUAUGCAUUUGCAAAUAUAGGCGGCAAGACAACAAUAAGAAAUGAAAUUAUACAGGGUUACCUGAAAGUUGAGACUUUCCUUUCCAGCGUCUGCAAAGCUAAAACAGAAGAAUUUCGCUGCCAAAACAACGUCGAAAAAACAACAAAAGAAAAAUAGCACUUUUCAAAACUUGACAGCAAAUUAAUCAUGAGUUGGCGUUGGCGAUGCACUUUUAAAUAUUAUAUAAAAAAAAUGCAGUCAUUUUUUCCUUAUUGAACACCCUGUAUUUGCCAUAAUGCUUAUGUGAAACACCUUCUUAGAUAUCUGAUUGGCUACACACUGGAAAAAUGUUUUCAUAAAGCGGUUCAAAUGUAAUAUUGAUAAAUUAUGUUUUUACAGAUUGAUAUGAUUACAUCUUUCAAACGUUAAAAUACGGCAACGCGUUUGAAUAUUUGAUUUUGUACAUAGCUCCAAUCAGCGAGCAGCGCGAUAUACAGGGUGUCCGCAAAGUUGGGGUUUUCCUUUUCAGAAACAACUAACUAAAAAAAAUAAAGGAAAAAGUACUCAUUCUCCAGUUGACGAGAAGGGCUAAGUACGUCCCUGCCCGAAAUCAUACCGCUCCAACAGAAAAUGAAAUCAGCUGAUGCGCUACCGCGCAGACGCAGAAACCACAUGGAUUGUCUUACACUUAAUGGCACAUCUUCUAACAAGGAAGGCAAAAUGUUGCGUAAAAAGUCUAGGUAUUGCAUCCCGUCCAAUCGAUUUGGGAGAAUAAAUGGUCCAAUGAGCAUACCGUUCACCAUGCCAGCCCAAACAUUCACCGAAAAUGUUUGUUGAAAAUGUGCCCGACGGACAGCGUGCGGAUUUUCUACUGACCAAACAUGAGUGUUGCGAAAGUUAUUCACCCCAUUACGCGUGAACGUAGAUUCGUCUGUCACCAAUAUGCACUUCAAAAAGUCCGGAUUAUUGUCAUGUUGAUGCACCAACCACUCACAAAACCGCACUCUUGCUGGAAAAUCGUCAGGUUGAAGGGCUUGUACACGUUGGACGUGAAACGGAUACAGCCCCUCUUCACGCAGCGUUUGCCACACUUUAGUUUUUGAUACUUGCACUUCUCUAGCCACGUCUCUAGUGCUCGUUGAGGGAUUCUCGUCUACGCGAUUACCUCUACACGCGUGACCGUUACCGUCGGUUGAAGGUUGCAUACUGACCUGACACACUGACCCCGACCCAGUUCUGCCGUCGGGUUGAGACCUUGUACCAGUCGGGGAUAUCGCGGCGGGUCGCGGCUACAGGACGGUAUUCAGAUAUUUUUGAUGUUGCAGAGCCCUUUAUCUCGGUUCCCUUAAGACAUUGGUGUAUAUGGUACUAAGAAAAAUCGCUUACGUUUUCAAGAUCUACACGUCGUGUAAAGGAAAACCCCAACUUUGCGGACACCCUGUAUAAUCGAAGAAAAAUAUUCUGGAAAGCAUUUUUCAUAUCUCAGUAUAUCCUUUUGAAACCUACAGCUUCACAUUUCUACAGAAAACGUGAUGAAUGCAUUUAGAGUUGUUCUCACUUAGCGAUAAUGAUGCAACCUGUGUGAUGUAAAUAGUUGUUUGUAAAAUAUAUAUGUACAGUAAGUGUUAAUAAUACAUUAUUUAUUUGGCAAUGAAUUGAAAAUAAACACGAUAUAUG